AUGGAGAUAAAGAAGGUGUGUAAAGACCAUGAGGUUAAUUUGGUAGGGCUGUUCGAAACCAAGGUUAAGUUGGAUAAUUGUGCUUCUAUUUUUCAUAGUUUUUUGACGGGUUGGAAGUAUUUGCAUAAUGGAGAUCUUGAUAACUCUAUUCGGAUCUGGCUGGGUUGGGACCCGAAUUUUUAUGAUGUGGUUUUGGUGCAAAAAUCCAAACAGUUCAUACAUGCUAAGGUGUCAAUUGUGGGUACCUCGGUGUUUUUCUUUUGUACUGUUGUUUAUGCUCUUAAUUCUGUGGUGGCUAGGAAGGAAUUGUGGGAGGAUGUUGGGGCUAUUUCUAGUGCCAUUAUUAACCCUUGGGCUGUUCUAGGGGAUUUUAAUGUGAUUCGAAGUAACAGUGAAAAAAUUGGAGGGUACCCUGUUCGGAUUGAAGCUAUGGAUGAUUUUAAUUCGUUUAUAGAUGGUGCUGGGCUUCUAGACUUGAAAUGGAAAGGGGAGGCUUUGACCUGGAAUAAUAGACAAGUGGGAGAUGCAAGAAUCUGUUGCAAGCUUGAUAGGGUUCUGGUCAAUUUAGCUUGGAUGGAUGUGUUUAGAUCCUCUGAUGCAACCUUUUACCCUCCUGGGCUUUCUGAUCAUUCUCCAGUGGUGGUGGCUGUGGGGUGGGAGCAGCCUAUGAAUUUGGCUCUUAAUCCCAUUCUUAAGUUUGCGGCCAGAUUGAGGAAUGUCAAAAAAGGGUUGAGGAGCUGGAAUAAGGAGUGUGUGGGGGAUGUUUUUCUUGUAGUGAAGGAGGCUGAGGCUGAGUUGUUUCAGAUCCAGAGGCAGCUUAGUGAGCACCCUGAUGAUCCGAAUUUGGUGCUAAUGGAAACACAGGCUAAAAAGAAAUUUUGGGAGGCUUUGGCUACUGAAGAGAAAUUUUUGAAAGAAAAGCAGCAUAGGAAGCACAUCCUGGAAAUUCAAGGGGAGAAUGGAGAUAUUGUGAAGAAUCCUAGCCAGAUUAAGGAAGAAGCUAUUUCUUUUUAUAAGAAAUUAUUUGGGACUGAUUCGGCUGACAGUGGUUUCUUUCCUAGCUCUAUUCCUUUGAAGCAUGGUCUGUCUCAAGCCCAUCAGGAAAGCCUUACUAGGAGAAUCUCUAAUAAGGAGAUUAUGGAGGUUGUGUUUGCUUUUAAGAAUUCUAAGGCUCCAGGACCAGAUGGUUUUGGAGCAGCCUUUUACAAGCAUUCUUGGGAGAUUGUGGGAGAAGAUUUGACUCUGGCUGUAAAGUGGUUUUUCAUGAAGUCUUACCUUCCUAGUUCGGUUAAUGCUACUUUUAUUAGCCUUAUCCCUAAGACAGGAGAUGUAACCUCAUUUAUGGGAUAUAGGCCUAUAGCCCUUUGCAAUCUCUUUUACAAAAUCAUUACCAAAGUGCUAUCCAAUAGGCUGCAAGGAGUGAUCGGGCAGGUGGUCAGUGACUGUCAGUCUACUUUCAUCAAGGGCAGGUCUAUAGUAGAGAAUAUUUUGGUUUGCCAUGAUGUGGUUCGAGGGAUUGAGCAGAAAGGCACUAGCCCCACAGCUAUUUUGAAGAUCGAUCUCCAUAAAGCUUAUGAUUCUCUUACUAGGAGGAGCAGACUUGAUGGAUGGAAGGCUUGGCUCUUAUCUUUUGCAGGGAGGCUUCAACUGUUGAACUCAGUCCUUCAGGGGUGUUAUAUCUAUUGGUCAGGACUCUUUGGUUUGCUUGGUGCUCUCAAGACAAUGCUGGAGUCUAUGUUCUCCAAUUUUCUAUGGGUUGGCCCAUCUCUUCAUCGUAAGGUGAGAUGGGCUGCUGUUAUUCCCAAAGCUUGUGUCUGGCCCAUACCUCCGGCAGAUUUGUUUACUUUGCAUUGUGAUGGUUCCUUGAGUGGAGAUAGAGCUGCUUAUGGGGGCCUUAUUCGCAAUACCUUAGGUGACCCGAGAGAGCUUCGCCAUAUGUCCAUUAGAUCUGAUUCGAAGCUGGCUAUUGAGAUUCUUACAGGUGUUUCCAGCUGCCCUUGGAGUGUAUAUACCUUGAAGUUCCAGAUUUUGUCCAGCCUAAACCAGUUGGCCCAUUAUGAGAUAAGGCAUGUUUGGAGGGAGUUGAAUCAGCCGGCGGAUUUUAUUGCUUCAAUUGAUCUUAGUGAUGGGGAGACAAUUUUAUAUCCUUCGAGUUUUGUUGAGGAUCUUAACCGGUUGAUUUAUGAUGAUGUCUCUG